AUGAAGAAAUCCCUCUCAUCACUCCUAGACAAAGUCAAUUUCUCCCAGCAGAAUGGCGACCACCUGAUUUUAGUCGGUGACCUCGUUAAUAAAGGGCCCGAUAGUGCUGGCGUCGUUGAUCUAGUUAUGAAGCUAGGCGCGAAUGCAGUGAGAGGGAAUCAUGAAAAUGCAGUUCUGCAUGCGGCUGAGCAGAUUAAUUCCAAAAGGGAUGGAUUGGUGCAGGCUGGAGUUUUGAGCAGUGACAGCACUGUCCGCGGCGACAAAGACUCGAAUCCCGGGCAGACCAUACCGGAGAAUGCCCAGCUUCCGAGUUCUGGACCCGAAUUCGAACUUAUCGGCGAUAUGGAGAACUUCCAAAAGCACAUGGUUGCCAAUGCCGGUCCUGAUGACGUACAGCACGGUACUGCAACAUAUACCACCGCAUUGAAACUUUCGAAGACCCAACUGGAAUGGCUAGCCUCUUUACCAUUAAUCCUACGAGUCGAACUACCCCAUGAUAUACCAUCGCCAUUAGGCGAGAAUUUAAUUGUGGUACACGCGGGCCUGGUUCCGAAUAUUCCACUGGAGAAACAAGAACCGCAUUCGAUAAUGCAUAUGCGCAGUCUCAAUCGUGCACCGAGUGAAGGGGACACAAUAACAGAAUUCCGUCCAACGGAAGACUUUGGCGAAGAAGGUUGGGUAAAGGAAUGGGAUUUGUGGCAGGAGAGUCAGGAGUCUAAGACGACGGUUGUUUUUGGUCAUGAUGCGAAGCGGAGGUUGCAGGUGGGUAAGUAUACGAUUGGACUUGAUUCGGCUUGUUUGUAUGGGCACAAAUUAAGUGCGCUUGUGGUUUCGGUUUGUGAGGGACGGAUUCAGCAUCAGGUUGUUCAAGUUGAUUGUGUUGAUGAACCUGUGGUUCCGACUGUGCCUGUGCCUGUGCCUGUGCCUCAACCUGUGACUAGGAAGAAAAGUCAUCAGACAGAGAGUCAAUAA